CGCUCUCUAUAAUUCUCGUUUGUUUUCGAUUUGAUCUCUUCUUUCUUGCACUUUCGACGUUUUAAAUGAUAUAAAUGUAGAGAUAAUAUUCAAAAUUUAACAAUCAAUAACAUAAUUUUAAAGCAAAAAAUAGUUAUUCCUGUAAAUAUCGCUUAUUGAGAUCCGAUGAGGAUCUUAAACAUCAUAGCCCUUGCAGCACUUUACUUCGCUCCAACAUUGAUUACAUAUAUUAAGAAUUUUAUUUAUACAACAUUUAGAUAUAUUUGAAUAACGAGAAUACAAUACAUUUCAUGGUUUUCACAUCUAAUGUAAAAAAUAGUUUUAAAUAAAAUUAAUGAUUUUGUGUGAUAUGAUAUUGGAUGUUUGAUGAUUUUACAUAUCAAAUAAUUAAUAGAUGGCUGAUUUUUUUAUAUACAUAUGUUGGGUCGAAAUAAUAUUGUGAUAUUAUAAUAUAAUGAUUUUGUAACAAAAGCUUUUCAAUGAACAUUGCUAUUUUUUUCAGUUUUAUUAUGUUUUCUUAUUAUUUAAUGAUGGGAAAAGAAACAUCUCACACUUGUGUUAAUUUAAAUUUCUAUAAUAAGUUCAUAUCUAUCAUUAAUGAUAAUUCGUAAUAUACGUUUCUUGAUUUCAUAUGUGAUUUCGUGUGUAUUGUAAAAACAAAAAUUUUUUAUCGCGUACGUAUAUCGUAAAAGCGCGCCAGGAUUUACGCGCCAUCUGGCAGCGUAAUUCAGUAAAAAUUUCGAGGAACACUGCACGGAUCUCUACGGAUCAGACACUGCAAACUCUUGUAUACUCUUCAUGCCAAUCGUGUUAUGACUUCGGGAAGAUGCAAUCUUUUAUCAACAGUCCGUUAUGUGUCCGAGUUAUCUAAGAAACGGCGCAAUACAGUGCAUUACGGAUGUCGCACGGGUUUUCAUCUGAUUAAAAGUAUCCUUCUUCCUGUCGUCGGGCAACACCUUAACAGAUCAAAUCUCAAUUUCCCGUUAUCAUCGGUCAGAAUGGCAUCGACAUCCAAAAAUAGCGCUAAAAAUACCAGUCAUUCUAAUGUAAAGAAGCUAAAUCGUUUGAGCUUGGAAAAAUCGCCGUACCUACUGCAACACGCGACUAAUCCCGUGGAAUGGUAUCCUUGGAGUGAUGAGGCUUUAGAAAGAGCAAAGAAGGAGGAUAAAAUGAUUUUUUUAUCAGUCGGUUACUCCACGUGUCAUUGGUGCCACGUGAUGGAAAAGGAAUCAUUUGAAAACGAAGAUAUCGCGCGAAUCAUGAACGAGAACUUUAUUAAUAUUAAAGUGGAUAGAGAAGAGAGGCCCGAUAUUGACAGAAUAUAUAUGACAUUUGUUCAGGCACGUUCAGGCCAUGGUGGUUGGCCAAUGAGUGUUUUCCUAUCGCCGGAUUUAACGCCGGUGACGGGCGGAACAUAUUUCCCGCCAGAUGACAAAUACGGCCUUAUAGGAUUUAAAUCGCUCUUGUUAGGAGUUGCGAAGGAGUGGGCGCAGCAAAAGAGCAACAUAAUCAAAUCUGCUGCUAAUAUAGUAGAACGUCUAAAGGAUAUUGUCGAGUGCAGACAAAGCUUAAAGAAAGAUGAUGAAUUUCCCUCAAUUGAAUGCGCUUUGUUAUGCGUUCAUCUUUUGGCGAAUGGAUACGAGCCGAAAUUUGGCGGUUUUGGCAGCAGAUCCAGAAUGAACGCGCCGAAAUUUCCUGAACCUGUCAAUUUUAAUUUUCUUUUCGGUACAUAUGCUUUAAGUACCUCCUCCGAAUUGCGUAAGCAAUGUUUAGAAAUGUCUCUGCAUACCCUGACAAAGAUGGCUCACGGUGGAAUUCACGAUCACGUGGGACAAGGAUUUUCCAGGUAUUCUGUGGAUGGCGAAUGGCACGUUCCUCAUUUCGAGAAAAUGCUCUACGAUCAAGCUCAAAUAAUACAAGUCUACGCCGAUGCUUACGUCGUCACGAAAGAUUCAUUCUAUUCCGAUAUUGUAGACGAUAUUGCAACAUAUGUCACGCGUGAUCUGCGACACAAAGAAGGUGGCUUCUAUAGUGCAGAGGAUGCCGAUUCACUUCCAGAACCACAGGCUUCAGCGAAACGGGAAGGCGCAUUUUAUGUUUGGACUUAUAAGGAAGUUAAGGAUCUUUUAGAUAAGAAAGUACCUGGUAACAAUAAUAUUCGAUUUUCUGACCUUGUCUGCUACCAUUUCAAUGUGAAAAAGGAGGGAAAUGUGCGAAAGGCUCAAGAUCCUCAUGGCGAACUCACCGGAAAAAAUGUAUUUAUUGUAUAUGACGGCAUAGAACAAACUGCGGAACAUUUUAAUAUUAGUAUAGAGAACACUAAAAAUUAUAUUAAGGAGGCCUGUCGAAUCUUAUUUGAAGAAAGAUCGAAGAGACCGCGACCCCAUUUGGACGAUAAGAUCGUCACAGCAUGGAAUGGUCUUAUGAUAAGUGGUUUUGCGCGUGCUGGAGCAGCUGUGAGAAAUGACAAAUACGUCGAAUUAGCGACGGACGCUGCCAAAUUCGUAGAGCGAUAUUUGUUUGAUAAAAAUAAAAGCGUGUUGCUUCGCAGUUGUUAUCGUGGAGAGGACGAUAAAAUAAUGCAAACGAGUGUCCCGAUUCACGGUUUCCAUGACGAUUACGCAUUCAUCGUGAAAGGAUUACUUGAUCUGUAUGAGGUCAAUUUCGAUGCGCAUUGGCUCGAGUUUGCUGAGGAGCUGCAAGAUAUUCAAGACCGAUUGUUCUGGGAUUCGCGGGACGGCGGUUAUUUUUCCACGGUUGAGAAUUCUCAGAUGAUUUUACGGAUGAAAGAUGCUCACGACGGCGCGGAACCAUCCAGUAAUUCUAUCGCAUGCUCUAAUUUAUUGCGAUUAGCAGCCUACCUGGAUCGUAGUGAGCUCAAAGAUAAAGCUGAACGGCUUCUAUGCUCAUUUGGUAAAGGACUCACGGAGAUGCCAAUUAUGUUUCCACAACUGACGCUAGCGUUGCUCGAGUAUCACAACGCAACGCAAAUUUAUAUUGCGGGAAAACCGAACGCUGAAGAUACAAUCGAGAUAUUGAACGUUAUCCGCGAGCGUUUGAUACCAGGUAGGGUGCUCUUGUUAGCCGAUCCUGAGCAACAGAACAAUGUGUUGUUACGUAAAAACGCGGUCGUCAGUAAACUGAAGCCGCAGAAGGAUCGGGCGACAGUUUUAGUAUGUCGACGUCAUACGUGUUCUGUACUGAUUAUGAAUCCUAACGAGCUUGCUUCUCAAUUGGAUGAUAUUGAAUUUACCAACCUGUGAGAGGCAAGGUCGUUCGUCAUAAUUUAUAUUUGCGGAAGAGGAAAAGAUUCCGCCAGAAUAUUUGUCGAUAUAAGUAUAGCCUCAAGAAGCAAGGUAAUGUCAAAUGACGUUUUAAUGACAUCUUAUUGACGUUAAAAAUAUCUAUAAGACAUUAUUUAACGUCACCUUGCUACUUGUGUCUCGGCGCGCUCCUUCCUCGUAAAAAGAAUUUAUUGUUGUUGUAUUAAAUAAUUCAAGAUUAGUCCGCAAAAAGAUUGGUGUAGCAAGAAUCAUCGUAGUGUUCGUAAGUGCGAACGGAUCGAUAACGUAUUGCAACCAAAUAAAGAGAUGUAUCCAAUAGGCAUGUAUACGAUGUGAUAUACAAUGACUUUGCGCGAUAAACUUUGGCGUUUGAACUAUACGUCGCAUCGUAAACAUUCACUUUUAUUCUGAAUAAACUGGCAACUGUAUAAAAAGAAAAAAAAA